GAUGCUGCUGACAAUAUACAAAAACAGGCUUAUCUUUUAGAUUUUCAUAAAUAUUCAGCAUUCCAUAAGAUGUUUUCAACUACGAAACGUUACCCGUAUUCACUGCGAGAUCUGAAAUUUUUAACUACUAAAACCUGUAUUUUUCUUAUUUCACAAUUUCAAGAAAUUUACAGGAAAAAUGAAGAAACUAAUUUAGUCAGUAGUAAAAUUCCAUCUCCAUUAAAACGACGAAAAAAAAAAGAAUUACCCACCUCAUAUAAUCUUCCUACUUUAGGUGAAAUAGACAUAACAA